AACCAAUGAGGAUGCGGGUUGACGUUUAAAAAUGAGCCGCAGAACUUAGAAAACAGAAACGCUUUCCCUGGACUUCUGUUUAAGAUUGAAUACAAACCAACUAAAGACAACAUUUAAAACAACAGCGAAGACCGUAUUCACUGAACUAAAACCCCGCUUACCUGAAAGAUGACCACGCUGAUCUACGUUGACAAAGAGAAUGGUGCACUUCUCACACCUGCUCCUUCCAAACAGCGAGGGAGGCUGUUCUCCGCUCCAGGGAGCACCGUAGCGGACACCUGCCUGAAGACCCCCGCGUCUGGAAAGCCUCUGUGUGGGGUUCCCCCGCAAUCGUGCCGCAGAGCGUUGGGGACGGUCAAUAAGCUCGGAUCCACCCCGUCCGUCUCCCUAACUGGCCGAAAUAAGAACAAAACUCCAGCAAUACCAACGCAAAAAGUAAAAACGAAGCCACAGAACACUGAGGAGGAAUAUCCGGAAAUUGAAAAGCUAAUCCCAUAUAACCCGCUGGACUUUGAGACCUACGAGGUUCCAGAGGAGGUUCGGCUGAGCCACCUGUGUUUGGCCGGCCUGGCUCGUUUCCCCGGAAACCCCGUCCUGCGUGAGGAGGAGUUUGAAGUGAUUGACGCGUGUGAACAGCUGGCGCCCAUGAAAAUGCCAGUGGAGGACUUCUCUGCAGAGCUGGACUCCUUCCUACAGACCAUCAGCCAGCUCACCGUGGACCUGCCUCCAGAGCCCCAAUACUAAUGUUUCAUGUGUUUAUUUUGUGUUACUAAUUUUGCUUCUAAUAAAGUUUUACAUUGUUUUACA